AUGCAAAGCGUUUCAGUUUCAUCUCUCAGCGAGGUUUCUGGAAAGUUCGAAAACGAUUUCUUUGCAAAGCUUAGAAUCGAAGACGAGAAAAUCGAAAACGAAAACGAAGUUAAACACGAAGAAGAUGAAGUAGAAGAAGAAGAUGAAGAUGAUGAUGAGUUUACCUUCGUUUUUGCAGAUCCUGAUGGUUCACCGAUUUCCGCUGACGAUGUAUUCGAUAACGGUCAGAUUCGUCCGAUUUUUCCUAUAUUCGGUCAGGAUCUUGAUCAUUUCACCGACGAUUACGAUAACGAAUCUGGAAACCGUUCACCGGUGAGAAAAAUCUUCGUUGAAUCGGUUUCUUCAUCAGAAACUGCAACCUCGUCGAGUUCCGCGGCGGCGGAAGGAACAUACUGCGAAUGGAAUCCAAAAAAAGCAGUGAAGAGUAACUCAACAGGAUCAUCUAAGCUAUGGAAGUUACGCGAUCCGAAAUUAAGAAGUAACAGUGACGGAAAAGACGCGUUCGUAUUUUUGAAUCCGGCGAAGGUAGAGAAAACGAGUUCUAGUGAAACGAAGAACGUUAAUGUUGUUGUGAAGAAAGUGAAAAUGGUGAAAGGUAAAACGACGCCGUCUGCACAUGAGAAACAUUAUAUGAUGAGUAAAGCGAGGAAGGAAAGUGAUAAACGGAAAUCUUAUUUGCCAUAUAGGCAAGAAUUGUUUGGGUUUUUUUCUAGUACAAAUGGAUUGGGAUUGAGUAGGAAUGUUCAUCCUUAUUGA